AUGCCCAUGUCCUUGAGCCCACGAGAACGCCGUCAGCACGAGCAUGAUGGUGGCCACAAGCCAGCUCAGAACCUUGAAUUGCGAGCUUCCGAGCCAGGGAAACAGCGCGGCCAGGUCCCAUGUGCCGAUCCAGAAUCCGACGAUGUUGAAGGUGCCGAUCAUGCGCGCGGCCCACGCGUUGGCAAUCUGCUGCUGGCCGCUGGGCACCACGUCGACGAUCAGCGCGCGGCAGGACGCCUGGAUGACGGCGAUGGAGAAGUCCAGAAUGUAAAUGCCGGCCGCAGCAAACGGCACCGUGUACCUGUUGACCGUGUCCUGGUCACUGUUCGGCAGGAACCAGCCGACGAGGUUGGCGGAGUGCGACAGAUACAGCAGCGACAGCACCGUCGCAAGACAGCCUCCGAUGAUGAACGGUCUUCUUCUGCCCCAGUCGAGGUUGCACUUGUCGCUCAGCAGCCCGACGAUCGGCUGGCCAAAAGUGCCCGAGAGCGGGCCGGCUAG